AUGAGCGUCGAAGAGCAAUGGCGGCGAGCCGGGGAUCGUCUUCGAGAUGGGUUUUCACCCGGGAUCAGCUCGAAAGCACGCCGUCUCGCCGAUGCGGAGUGGAACCGGAUCGGGAACUGUCCUACCGUCAGCAAGCGGCGAAUCUGAUCCAAGAUAUGGGACAGCGGCUCAAUGUCUCUCAACUAACUAUAAAUACGGCAAUUGUUUACAUGCAUAGAUUUUAUAUGCACCACUCGUUUACCAAAUUUCACAGGAAUACAAUAUCUCCAACCACGCUAUUUUUGGCCGCCAAAGUGGAAGAGCAACCACGGAAACUGGAAUAUGUGAUUAAAGUUGCGCACGCCUGCCUAAACCCGCAGGAAUCGCCUCUUGACACUAAGAGUAAUGCAUACCUCCAGCAAGCUCAAGAGCUGGUGAUACUUGAAUCCAUAGUGCUGCAGACGCUCGGCUUUGAAAUUACUAUUGAUCACCCACACACUGAUGUGGUGAAAUGUUCCCAGCUAGUGCGAGCAAGCAAGGAUCUGGCACAGACUUCCUAUUUCAUGGCUACCAACAGGUUGUUAUCCUGCCCCUCCUUUGUUGCACUUUGACUGCACACCAUUGCUUCCUGUAAUGCAGGGUACCCUUUCAGUGUCCAACGGGCCCUACUUGCACUGGUGGUUGUUGGGACGCUCGCCCACUGCCCCGUGGCUCCCCUCCCGCCAUCAAAGGGAGCAGGACAGGGGCUUGUGGCUUGCGGCGUUACCGGCCCCAGUCGCAGUGCGGUGUAUUGUACAAGGGACCCAUGUGUUGGCACCGAUGGGUUGAAUGCAAGAUGCGAAGUGUAGUGGUGCGCUUGAAAAGCCACAUGUUUGUUCGGUUGCGAAAAAGUGCAGAAUUCUAAAAGACACUUUGGUAGCCUGAAUAGCCGCUAAAGAUUUCACAGAUGUAAACAUUUCUCAUAGAGGUCCUUCUGUCUCCACCUCACUACAUUCUGCCUACAGUACAAGCCCACAGUGAUUGCCUGUGUGUGUAUUCACCUGGCAUGCAAGUGGUCCAACUGGGAGAUACCAGUGUCUACUGAUGGGAAACAUUGGUGGGUGUAUGUGGACAGCU